CUUCUGCGGAUGUUCUAAGCGACAUUAGUGAUGGUCAAAUAUUUAAACACAAAGAUUUUUUUAUGCAAAACCCGUCCUGUCUAAAGUUAGUUCUAUACCAGGAUGCCUUUGAAGUUGCUAAUCCUCUAGGCUCUGCAAAGACCAAACAUAAAAUAUUAGCUGUUUAUGUUUCUGUUGCUAAUCUGCCACUUCAUGUACGGUCUGACACAGACCACAUGUCACUCGUUUUAUUGUGCAGAGAGAAAGACUUCAAAGAAUUUGGGCAUGCUAAGGUGUUCUCUGAAUUACUAGGCGACUUGAAGGAAUUGGAAGAGAAUGGGAUAGUGACAUCGCAUAAAACGGUAGUCAGAGGGACCCUGUAUUGCAUUGCUGGCGAUAAUUUGGGCUCGCAUUGCAUUGGUGGUUUUUCGGAAAAUUUCAGUACUUCACAAUAUUUUUGUCGCUACUGUCUCAUAACUCGAUCUGAAUUUCAGGGUGAUGAUCCAAACCUGUGUGGACCAGAGCGCACUGUUGAGAAGUACGAUUCUGCCAUUGAUCGCCUCCAGACUGAAGAUACAUCAGAAGGAUUGAAGUUCAGAAAUGGCUGAUUCAGAUCAAAACAGCAUAAGAAGUUCCAUUUCUAAGGUGUUGCCAGACCUCCCAGACCCAAUUCUGGACCUUGUGGAGGAGACCCUACAGUCAUUGGGGGUUGAGACCACAGAGGAUUUUCACUUUUUACAGGAGGCUGAUCUUGCAUCUGUUCUACGACCAAUACAAGCGAGAAGAUUGGUUGCUGCAUGGAAACUAACCAUUCAGAGCCCUGAAACCCACAGCCAGUCAGCCAUCAGUCCUUCCGUUUCACCUUUCACCUCUCCUACCUCCACUCGCUCCUCACACUCCCCUUGCCCCUCACCCAGCAAUCGGAUUAGAACUGCAGAUUGGGUUGACAGCUUUCAGAUUCCAUGGGCAAAAUUUCCUGAAGACUUGAUGCAGUGCUUGGAGAGAGGGAAAAGGCCAAGUCCACGUUUACGGCGAGAAAUGAUUCGGAUUAUUGUCUCUGCAAUGAUGAAUGCUUGCACAUCUCCAAGUAAACUAGAGUCUACAGAAGUUGCCAAAAGAAUAGUUGCCAAGUAUCCACAGUCCCUGAAAGACGUCAUAGAAGGUGAGGUAGUGGGAGCUGGAUAUCACUCACUUGUCAAACAGCUACAAGCCCGUAUUGACAAUGUGAAGCGGUCCUCAACACCACGGAUAAAGAGGCGCAAACGAGAAUCCGGUGACUCCGACACAGAUGAAAUCCCAGCUGAGCAGAGGGCGGUUGUUCAGGACACAUAUGGCUGCAUUAAGUGGAAUAUGAAGUUCAUGCCAGUCAGUGAGACAUUGGAAAGCCAACAGGAAAAGAGGGAUAAAAUGAAGAUGCUUCAUGAACAGCGUACCUUCAGUCCAGAAGAGGUCAAAGCUCUCAUGGGGUGCACAUACUACUCCCAACGCAAAGCAAUAAAUACAGGAACAGAUCUCCAAAGCCUGACGGAGGAAUGGCCUUUUUUGUUUGAAGAAAUAGGGAUGACCGUCCAUUUCCUAGAGCUCACAGGAUUACAACUUAAAGAGACCUUUCUCAAUAGUGUAGAAAAAAAGGGAAAACGCCUUUUGAACUUCAUGACAACCGCUUGUGCAGACAAGAGCAAACGCGUCUUUGAGACCGCAACAAAGCUGAAAUUUCAGAGAGGACCGUUGGAGGGCAGCUCCGAUGACAUCAAGGAUAUGGUGUUUCUUCUUCUCUCAUACUUCAACGAAAAAGAGGGGAACCUCUUCUACUACAUCGAGGAGACAUGCCUGGCAAACGAAGUACUCGUGGAAAACUUGCCUGUGACACCUUGCAUCAUUGUAUGUGGAACCUCCUGCUAUGCUGCAAGGCUGUUCAUGCUCAGCAUAGACGGCAAGAUCGUGAAUGACCAAAUCUCCAACUUCAUUACUGCCAUCUGCCUGAUGUUUGGAAGCUACUUCUGCCUGAAUAUCCACUAUCCAGUAGACCUGGGUUCCACUCUUGAGCUCCUUCAGAGGUGUUUCUUCAACAUCAAUCCUGAGAGGGGCACAAAAGUCGAAACAAAGAAGAAUAAGAAGCAGCUGUCAGUAAACCCAAGAGUCCUCACCUUCAUCGCUGACCUCGCUGAUCAUGAAUGGAGAGAGACCAAUUAAACUGUGAGAUUUUGUACAAAUAAUUUUGUUAACACAAUGCAACACUUUAGUUGCAUAUUUAGUUCAAUUUAAGUUUAAGUGAGUUAAAAGUAAACUGACACUGUACAUUUAAGUUUUUGAUAUUACAU